UUAUUGGUUGAAGACCAUAGACAAAUUAAGGACGGAAUAUCAUAAAAAAACAACAUGAAAAUAACCUAUCUCUUCUAAUAUAUCAGUAAUAUAUUUAAAUGUUAUAUCGUAAGACAAACUAGUGAAAUAAGACUGAUUGUUUAAAGAAACGUUUGUUUUCAAUUAAUAAAUGGAACAAUUAUAAAAAUGAGAUGCACACACUUUAGCAUACCAAAAAUACUGUCAGUUAUUGGAGUGUUUAUUAUUAAUAAUAUAAGAAACAGUGAAUUAACGGAUAAUCACAUGACUUUUAGUACAAAAACGGAAACCCAGAAAAAUACAUCUUUUACUGAUGUAGAUCGUACAGCUGGAAAGAAUUUAGGUCAAGAUGCUGUGUUACAUUGUCCAUCGAACAUAGAUUGCAAUAAACUAAGUCCAGAUUGCAUUGUGUGUGACUUCAACUACAGUUGUAAUUAUGGGGAAAUACUAAAUACCACAUGCUAUGCUAAGCCAGUGGUUACGUGCAAGGGAAAUGGAUAUCAGAUGCAAAAGACCUAUAUAUGUAGGUAUUGUUACCAAACAGAACCCUGGGAGCACAAGUGUGAAAUGAAGGCAAAUUGUGAUUCUGCAGAUACUCCAAAAUUUUACUACCGCACGAACUGUACUGUAAAAGAUCAUGUUUUAUGUUUGGGACACAGAACAUUUAAUAAGAAUGUUCCAUGUAACUGGACAGGUGGUUAUAGGUGGUCUACUGCAUUACUGUUAAGCAUAACAUUAGGUGGUUUUGGAGCAGAUCGUUUUUAUUUAGGUCACUGGCAAGAAGGUAUUGGUAAACUAUUCAGUUUUGGAGGAUUAGGAGUUUGGAGCAUUAUCGAUGUUAUAUUAAUAUCUCUGCAUUAUUUAGGACCAGCAGAUGGUUCUUUGUAUAUAUGACAAAUAUAUUAGAAAUUCAAGUUUUUGGAUUUUAAA